AUGGAUUUGACACAUACAUUAGUUUCUUCAAUUUUUUUAGAAACACAUUCAGAAAUAUAUUCGUUAGCUAAAGAAUUUAACCAACUUAAAACGUCCUAUCAAACAAGUAACGAUUAUGAAUUAGAAUUUAAAGAAAAAUUAGAGACGGAAGAAUCACCUUCUGAAAAUGUAGAACUUAGUGAUGUACAAGAUAAUAAAAAGAUGAAAGAUAAUGAAGAAAUUCAACAAUUCGAUAAUCAAAUUAUUACGCCAUUACAAAUCGAAACUUUUCAAAGAAUAUUUGCUCAACAUCCUAUUGAAGAAAAUAAUGAAGAGCCUGAAGUUAAUGAACAAUUAACGACUCUUCUAGAUCAGCAGGAGAAGGAUGCCUUUUUUUUAACACUUCGUACAUUAAUUUGUUGUAAAACCAAAAAAUGUUUAACCAAAAUUGAUCACGAAUUUGCAUUUCAAACAUUUGAUAAUAUUCGAAAAUUAUCAAAAACUGAAUAUAAUAUGGUUAUUUUAGGAAUGCUUCAUAUAAUGGCCCGUGGUAAAGAAACACAAUAUUUAACCGUUAAAUAUACUUUUAAUAAUAGCGAAAUUUGCGAGAAAGCCUUUCAGACUAUAUAUUCGUUAUCAGCUAAAAAAUGGAAAACCAUUCGUAGUCAUUACCAGGUUAAUGGUAUUAAACCUAUUGUACAUGCACUUUCGGGAAGAAGAUCUUACCAUGCUUUGUCAUUUUCAACUAUUUUAAAUGUACUUACAUUUAUUAUCAAUUAUGCGAAUUGCCAUGGGUUGCCGUCACCGG